UACGAAUCUUCGCAAAAGGAGUAAUAAAAAAGCUACCAACUUGUAAAAAAAUCUAGCACCAACAACAAUCUCAAAAAAACAGCAUCAUAAAAACAUUAAUUCCUCAUUUUCUCUCUCUUCCCUUGCGUAAUUACCCGCUAUUUCAAGGAACUUCGCGCAGCUUCUCCUGUUCUUUACUCUUCAAGUUCGUUAUACAGUGGUAAACUGAUUAUCGCCGACGAACUUCAUCGUUUAUCAAUCGAAUUCCGACCAAAUUCUUCCUUUCUGGUUGAUAAUCUCAUCCAAUCUUCAAUAAUUUUGAUGUGUUCAAGAUUUAUAAUUGAUGCGCAUGUGUUGAUUUCGGUGUUGGAAUGAAUUUUCCGACUUAUAAGCGAAUGAAUUCGAGAGAUUAUUCAGAAACGAUGAACGAAGAAGAUAAUUUAGGUUUCUCGCAGAAUGAUACUUGGCAAGAUAGUGGGAAUCCAUCGUGGAAGCGAUCGCUGCCUCAUGUACUUGUGGCAACAAUGACUUCAUUCUUGUUUGGCUAUCAUAUUGGAGUUGUUAAUGAACCACUUGAGAGCAUCUCUCUGGAUCUUGGUUUCAGAGGAAGCACAUUGGCAGAAGGUCUCGUGGUGAGUAUAUGCCUUGGCGGUGCCUUUGUCGGAUGUGUUUUUAGUGGUUCAAUUGCUGAUGGUUUUGGACGUCGUAGAGCUUUUCAGCUAUCUGCUCUUCCCAUGGUAGUAGGUGCAUCUAUGAGUGCAAUGUCGACAACAUUGCAGGGUAUGCUAUUGGGAAGGCUGUUAGUUGGUUCUGGAAUGGGCGUGGGAUCCUCAGUUGCUGCUCUCUAUGUAGCAGAGAUUUCUCCAGCUUUUGUAAGAGGUACCUAUGGAAGCUUCAUUCAGAUUGCUACAUGUCUUGGACUUAUGGCAGCUCUAGUUGUUGGAAUUCCUUCAAAAGAUAUUAUGGGAUGGUGGCGUUUAUGUUUUUGGCUCUCCACCAUUCCAGCUGCUACACUUGGUCUUGGCAUGAUAUUCUGUGCCGAGAGUCCAAUUUGGCUUUACAAGCAAGGAAGAACUUCAGAGGCGGAGGCUGAAUUUGAUAAACUUUUAGGAGGGUCACAUGUCCAUUCUGCGAUGAUGGAGUUGGAAAAAUCUGAUAGAGGAGAAACUGAGGGAGUGAAGCUAUUGGAAUUGCUCUCUGGUCGACAUUCAAGAGUUGUUUUUAUUGGAUCAACCCUGUAUGCUUUGCAGCAGCUAUCUGGUAUAAACGCUGUUUUUUAUUUCUCAUCGACUGUGUUUAAAACUGUUGGUAUACCAUCGAACGUUACAAACGUGUUCAUAGGAAUCUCCAAUUUAGCAGGCUCUUUUAUUGCAAUGGCACUAAUGGACAAGGUGGGGAGAAAACUGCUGCUGCUUUGGAGUUUCUUGGGCAUGGCUGUAUCUAUGGGUCUGCAAGUCGCUGGGGCAAGUUCUUAUAUGCCAAAGGCGGUAGCAUUCUACUUAUCCGUGGGUGGCGUGCUUUUAUAUGUUCUAACAUUUGCUGUUGGUGCUGGUCCUGUACCGGGCCUGCUCCUCCCUGAAAUAUUUCCAAGCCGGAUCAGAGCAAAAGCAAUAGCCUUUUGUAUGUCAGUCCAUUGGGUCUUUAACUUCUUGGUGGGCUUGUUGUUUUUGCGUCUACUUGAAAAAGUUGGACCACAGCUCCUCUAUACUGUUUUCAGCACUGUCUGCCUGGUAGCUGUUGCCUUUGUUAAGAAGAAUGUGAUAGAGACAAAAGGAAGAUCACUGCAAGAAAUUGAGAUUGCUCUCCUUCCUGAUGAAUAGAGGUGUUUCCUAUGCAGUAACAAACAGUUGUAGAAUAUCUACCCUUUGACAUACUGAAGAUUAAGAUUAAACGUCUAAUGUAAGAAGAACAAGAGACUUUAUUGACGAGGAUGAUAUGACGACUAAUAGAGCGAGACUACUAUUUGAAGAGCCUAUCGCUGUAACCAAUUUGUUCCUUAGAAACUUAAGCUUAGCAGCAGAAACCAGUAUUACACGUAUGAGGAACUUGUAUAUGUUAUGAGCCUAUGAGUUAUGAAUGUACAAAACUAGUGCUUUGUAUUUACGUAUAUAAGCUAAUACAACAUGUUUGCAUUGCAAUAUGUUGUGUUGAUAAUGUGAGCUUUUGGUGGACGAAGAAAGACGGGUGGUUAUCAGUUCCCUUGAAAAUGGAAUGUGAAACUUGUAAGCAGAUGUUCUGAGCUGUUUGUUCUACAGUGGAAAGAGAUGUUGAUACAUGAUUCAAAUAGCUGCUGACUUGUUAAUCAA